CCCUAGUUCUUCAAACCUACAAUUGGCUUCUUCAAUUCUCUCAAUCGUGAAAUCACUACCUCUCGUUGUCGAUUCUCAUCCAUUAACAUGACAGUGGGCUCUAAUUCUCGUGGUGGUCAGAGGUCAGGGCCGACAUAUCGUGAAGGUGGAAGUGCUUCUGUGAAUGGCAGAGUUGUGCGCUGCAAAUGUGGCGUCGAAGCAAAAGUGAGGAUCUCUAGAACAAAUUUGAACCCAGGUAAACCUUGGUAUGGUUGUCAUCUACCAAAGAAUCAUCCUCAAAAUUGCAAUUAUUUCCUCUGGGUUAGAGAUGAAGAAGAUGGAAUUACAGAAGUAACUAGCUCAAGGGAGGAAGAGAUCAUGCAACUGAAAGCAAUUUUACUGAAAAAUCAAGCCAUGAUUGAAGAAUUAAGGGUUAAGAAUGAAGCUGUCAUUGAAGGUAUAAUGGUGCUGAAUCAAGCCAUGAUGGUGAAGAAUGAGAGGGUCACACAAGAACUGAGGAUGUUGAGAGUUUCUGUCUUAGGUUUAGUGUUGAUGUUGGUGAUAGUGUUCUUUUUGUUGCUUUAUUCAGGUUCUGUUCACUUUCUAGGCAGUUAGAGGUUGAGUAUGUUAUGGAAUGUUAUGGAGAAUGAGAAUGUAUGUAAUGUUUAUGAAUUAUACAAUCCUCCUUGUUAUGAAUCAUGCUACCAUUUUAAUGCAAAAUGAAAAUGACUGUGUU